AUGCCGAGUCUCCGAGACGACGAUGACAACACCCCGCCUCAGUGUAUCCAAAUACAUUGCGUCAACAACGACGACGACAGCAUCCGGUAUACCCCCGCGACCUCUUGGAAAUACAACGUGGACCUCCGUGGCAAUGACGGCGCAUGGCACAACGAUGUCAGUCAAUCGGAAACCAAAGGUGAUGUCAUGAAUUAUAUAUUCAGCGGCGCGUCCUCGAUCUCCGUUUGGGGUGUACUGAAUGAGAACGAUCCUGGAGGAGAGGUCGUCUUCUCGGUCGGAGACCACUCGGAAACGGCCAGUGCAACGAGCAGCAACCCCUCCGUCACCCUGAUUUACAACUCUCCAACGUUCACUGGCGACACACAGACACUCGUCAUCGAGAAUAGCGGUGUUCUGCUACAACUGGAUCACCUGGAGGUCACUCCGUACGGGACCUCCCAGGUAUUGGAUGGAUCGCUCUCGCCUCAGGUACCGCCGAGCGUCUCGAGCACUUCCUCCAAUGUCGAGACAAGUACAUCGUCCUCAAACCCUGCCACCUCUUCACUGUCUACCAUCAUCACGUUGACCGUUCCAAUCACUGUAACGGCGUCACCUCUGUCGAGUACACUCGACGCUGUCUCGGCGACGAAAACUGUUAUCACCUUAGUCGUCUCCUCUCAGACCGUCGUGUCCACUCCGCCAUCCUCCACCGAGGUCGUCACGAACACCGUCACCAGCGACGGAUCGGUGCUCAUACUGACUACGACUAAGACGUCCCAACCUUCCGGAACAUACACGAUUGUGACCCAAGCCUCGGACGGUACCGACGCCAACGUGUCCUCACAUCCUUCCACCGCAACCAUCGCCGGAUGCGCCGCCGCGGCCGUCGCGUUCCUCUUCUUGCUCGUCGUCGCGGUCGUCCUCGUGUGCCGGAGACGUGUAAAGCGCGCGCGGGAACGCGUCGCGCUGUCGCGAUUCGAGCCGAAUGUGUUUGCCUCACCGUCCCCCGAUCCGGGAAAGGCCACCUACGACGCUGACGUCAAGGGGGACUGGUCGGAGAAGCACGACCAGCAGUCUUUAUACGCGGCAAGCACGGUGACGACGCUCCCAGCGUAUGGGUACACUGCCAACGAGCCGCCACUGCCUUUGCUUGGAGAGGAGGAUAAGUACGCGUACGACGAGUACUUUGGGGAUUCUUACGAAGGUGUUAGCUCAGCGGGGCAUGGACCUGUAGUAUUUUAG